AUGACCGCCGAGCCGACGAUGGCCGCCAAGUGCACGGCGGAGUUCGUGGGCACCUUCCUGCUGAUCUUCACGGUGGGCUGCAACGUGCUGGGUGGUUCGGCCACGUGGGCCGGCGUUUCCAUCGCCUUCGUUCUGAUGGUGUGCAUCUACUCGCUGGGUGGCAUCUCAGGCGCCAACUUCAACCCGGCCGUGUCGGUGACCCUGGGCAUCUCCCGUGCCAUGGGUGGUCCCGGCCUGGACUGGAAGACCGUGGGAAUCUACGCGGGCGUGCAGACCGCCGCGGGCAUCGCGGCCGCCGUCUGCUACUCCUUGCUCUUCGGGCAGAGCUUCAACUUGGCGCCCGCCAAGGGCUUCUCCUGGUACCACGCCGGCCUCUGUGAGCUUCUCUACACCUUCAUGCUGACCUUCGUGGUCAUGAACGUGGCUGCCGCCAAGAAGAACGUGGCGGAGAAGAACCAGUACUACGGCAUGGCCAUCGCCUUCACCGUGGUGGCAGGUGCCUAUGGCGCCGGCGCCGUGUCCGGUGGCUGUUUCAACCCCGCGGUGGCUCUGGGCAUCGACGUGUCCAGCGCUGGCCGCGGCUUCGGCUGGUCCAUCGCCUACGUCGUCUUCGAGCUGCUGGGUGCCGCCAUGGCCGCCGCCCUCUUCAAGGUGGUGCGCCCCGAGGACUUCGGCGGGGAGAAGAGCCAGGUCACGGAGCUGGUGAGCGAGUUCCUGGGCACCUACAUGCUGGUCCUGACAGUCGGCCUAAACGUCCUGGGCAGCUCCAAAGCCGCCGCCUUCUCCAUCGCCGCCGGCCUCACCUCCAUGAUCUACGCGCUGGGCGACGUCUCUGGUGCCCACUUCAACCCCGCGGUCACCGUGGCAAUCCUUGCCUCGGGCCGCUGCCCUGAGCUCACGCCCGCCAAAGCCGGCACCUACGCGGGCGUGCAGGUCGCGGGCGGCAUUGCGGCGGCGCUGACCUACGCCUUCAUCUACCAAGGCGCCACCUUCGGCCUUGGACCCGUGGGUUCGAGCACAUGGGCAGGCGUGUCCGUGGCGGAGAUCGUCUACACCUUCGUGCUCUGCUUCGUGGUGCUCUGCGUGGCCGUGUCCGACCGCACCAAGGCCUCCCACCUCUUCGGCCUCGCCAUCGGCUCCUGCGUCACCGUCGGCGGCUUCGCCAUCGGCGGCAUCUCCGGCGGAUCCCUCAACCCCGCCGUGUCGUUCGGCAUUGCUGCGGCCAACAUUCUGAACGGUGGCUUCUUCUUCAAGGCUCUGAUCUACUCUGCUCUGGAGCUGGUCGGUGCCGCUGCCGCGGCUGGCGUCUUCAUGGUGACGCAUGAGGUGGAGACCGCCUUGACCGAGAAGAAGGAGGUGGACGCCUGA